GGCUUUGAACACGCAGAAUCACGUCGGCACUGAGGUUGGGGAGCUUGAGACUUGCAUGACGUUAGCGGCGAGUGCCAAUGACCCAGGGACGCGCGAGCUCGAGAGCUGGAAAGAGUUGGCAAUCGAGAACGUUGUUUCGCAUAACGUGCCGAGCGCCAAGUACAGCAAGACAUUGCUUGAGUUUGUCGAGAAUUUCGGCGGUGGCGACGGUGCUCCACUCGUGGCGUUCAUGGAUUCGGUUGCAAAGCAGUUUGGUUGCAAUGUUACGCUUGGCCAAAGUUUUUGGGAAGCGCUGACUCACGCAACGCUUGCGUCCAAAACCAAUUUGCAUCCGUUGGUGCGGGUGUCCCUUGCUAUCGCAACCCUCACUGGCGACAAGGUUGAGGACGGCGUGGCGCGUUUGCUGAUGAGGGCAGACGUCUCGAAGGCGGCCUUGGAGCCGUUAGGGCAACUAUUCGUGAGGGUUGCUGUGAAGCUUGUGGGGAAAGAGAAGUCGGGUCGGGAGGGGGUCGUGCACACGUGGGGCGACAUGUGCAAAUCAUUCUUGAGCGGUGUCGGCUCCAUCAAGGGUCAGACCGUCACGUUCGAUGAGUGGAACAAGUAUUCGGUCUCGAGCGGCGCAGCUGCAACUGCCAAGGCAAUGCCUGCAGCGUCUGCCACGGCGACGUUCAACGACCAUAAGGACCCUGCGUGGAUUGCCAAGAAGGCUGGUUACUCGGUCGGGUCCUUCGUAGUUCAGAAGGAUGUUCCAGCCCAGAGGCUUUACGCUGUCUUCAGCAUCGGCCACAUGGUCAAGCUUCACGAGGUGGUCAACCACGGCGGAGAGCCACACGCGGCUGAAAUUACAUUGGAAGAUCUCCUUGAUAAGUGGUCGCACUCGAAAGCUGAGCCGCCAAAGCAGAUGGAGGGUGAUCAUCAGCGGCCCCGUCAGUUGUACAUCGACAAGCAAAAGGCUAUAUUGUACCGAGCUCUUCUCGAGCUAGACGCCAAGCACAUGGGAAAGCAAAAGCUGACCUUCUGGCGGAAGCCAGAUGAGGUUCGGACCACGUGUGCGAUCAAGCAGGGGCAGCUUACACUGGUCCCAGUGGCACCGUUGGCCAACAUAAGCUCGAAGAACGCGUCUAAUGGGUCGGGCGUGCCGCUUGGCGGCCACACGAUUGACAGCGGCACUUCGAUGAAACCGCGUCUUGUGGCUGCGCACUGGUGGGUCGCGACAACAUACGAUAAGGAGCAAGCCAACAUGGCUACGAACCACGUGUCCCACGGUGGCAUCACGCUGCCAGCGCUGACCAACAUUACCGACAUCGGGCCGAACGUAAAGCUCCAGGUUUUCGUCAAGCCCAAGGCUAAGGCUGUGCCGAUCCACGAGGAGAGCGCCAAGAAGAAGAAGAG